ACAUUUCUCUUUUUUACAUUGGCGACUGCUUCGCGCAUGCGAGGAGGCAUCGGACAAACUGAGGCCACUUCAUUUAACAGAUGACCGCGUCGAGAGCAUCUGUCGCUCUCCCUGCGCGCCGCACAACAACAAAUAUGUGCGUUUUCACAUUUACAACACUUUACAAGCCGAUGAGAUAGAUUUCCACGCAGGAGGUGUCGUUCUCCCGCACUCCACUCUCCUGCAUGUCAAGCAACAGGCUGCAGCAAUAGGAUGUGGAGUCGGUGCGCCGCUGAAGAACAUUACCACCUGUAACUGUGCCAGUAAUAACCUGCUUCAUCCGCGACUUUCGUGCCGACGCCGACGAUGAAGAAGCAAAACGUCCGGACGCUGUCGCUCAUCCUCUGCAUGUUCUCCUACCUGCUGGUCGGCGCCGCGGUGUUUGACGCGCUGGAGUCAGAGACGGAGAGCUCCCGCAGGCGCGUCCUGGAGCAGAAGCGCAACGAGAUGAAGAAGAAGUACCGCUUCUCCGAGGACGACUACCGCGAAAUCGAGCGAGUGGUGCUGCAAGCGGAGCCCCAUCGCGCCGGGAGACAGUGGAAAUUCGCUGGCUCUUUUUACUUUGCCAUAACAGUCAUCACGACCAUUGGUUAUGGACACGCAGCACCAGGCACAGAUGCAGGAAAGGUCUUCUGCAUGUUCUAUGCAGUGCUGGGCAUCCCCCUCACUUUGGUCAUGUUCCAGAGCCUGGGAGAAAGGAUGAACACAUUCGUCCGCUACCUUCUCCAUAAGACCAAGCAGUGCAUAGGCUUUCGAUGCACUGAAGUGUCCAUGGAGAACAUGGUCCUGGUGGGCUUCCUGUCCUGCAUUGGAACGCUGUGCGUGGGAGCUGCAGCUUUCGCCCACUUCGAGGGAUGGAGCUUCUUCCACGCUUACUACUACUGCUUCAUCACGCUCACCACCAUAGGCUUUGGGGACUUUGUGGCUCUGCAGAAAAAGGAGGACCUCCAGGAGAAGACACCCUACGUGGUGUUCAGUUUCAUGUACAUCCUGGUGGGGCUCACCGUUAUUGGGGCCUUCCUUAAUUUGGUGGUGCUUCGCUUCCUCACUAUGAACACUGAAGAUGAGAGGAGGGACGCUCAAGAGAGGGCGUCGCUGAAGAGGGACAGGGGCCUUUUGGAGGAGGCGGCGACUCUUCAUGUUGUGGGUGACCAAAGCAGAGGUGGCCACAGGCAGAGAAACCGGGGCAACGUGAUGCACAGUCGCAGCCACAGCACACUCUUCCUCCCAAUGGAGGAGGGCACCAGCCGCACAAAUCUAAUUGCUUCCCCAGCGGAAGAUCAGGAGCAAAGAAGAAGAAGAAGCCCCUGCAGACACAGGCUGCAUUUUCAGAUCAAGGCGGGACGGGGCAGGACGGAGUCAAGCCUCAGCUCCCUCUGCUCCUGCGUCUGCUACCGCUUAGGGAUUUGUGACAGUCCUCUCAUGUCCCACAGUGAACACCACAGCUGUCAUAUCAAUUCUGUUUACUACAACUCAGUCUCUUAUAGCAUCCAGGGCUGCUCGCCGGGUUCCAGGAACAACACUGGACUCUCUUCCCCAGGAAGCAUGCUCUCUCCGGGGCACAGCUUCCGGGAGUUUCCUCGUUUGAGGAGAAAGUCAGUGUAGAGAGCAGGAUAUGAUGGAGACGGGAUGGGAAGGGUUUGCACUGACUGUGAACCACAUUCGACGGUAAACGGGAAAAAAGUCCCUUAGAUUUAAACCAUUGUCAAACAAGUUCACACAAUUGAUUGAUUGAGCUGAUUCAUUAAGACUCUCUCUGUGUUUCCCAGUAUUGCGGUGUUUAGAUCUCAUUCCCACACUGUACACUGAAGUAUGACUGAAAACACACACACGAAACAUCUCAGAAGUGAAUUCUACUGCUCAAGAAACCCAAGUCAUUCAGCUCUUUUGACCCCUGCACUGCCGCUGUAUACACACAAACUCUCCGCCAGGUCUGAUAGUUUUGCUUGACAGAGCCUGUUUUCAGAUGAAGGAUGCAGCAUUCCAAUAACGUUAACAUCGUUUGUGUUCACAAGACCAAAAAAGAGGCAGAAUAAUAGCAUCAAAAGUAACGCACCGCAGCUUUAAACAGCACUGUAUUUUGCGUUUCUUCACAACAAGACAACAACUCUGUUAAUGGGAUAAGUUGUGGUCGUUAUAUUUAUUUGUAAAGCAAAGUUGAGAUAGAGCUUUUCUUUACCAUGUCAUUUUUUAUGUUAGGUGAUUCUGUUUUUUUUUUCCUUGCAUGUUAGCCAAAGUGCAGUGCAUGUUAAAAAUGAAUGCAUAGCACAUAAUGUGAAUGCAUGAGUGCUAUGUCAAGGAUAUACGAAGUUGGGCUUUUAAUCUGCAAGUAUUUUUGUGCUUAAUAAUCUGUUCCGUGAAGGCAUGUGAAUGAUCUCCGCUCCUGCCGUAGUUCUCUAAUGCCACAGCUAAAAGAUGUCAUUAUACUUUUGUAUGAAAAGCCUUAAAGAACUUUGAAAAAGCCACAGAAGAUGUGGCUUAUUAGCUCAGUGAAUUUAAUAAAUCCUUUUAUUACUUAUCAUUGGGGGACAGAGGGACUUCACGGUGCAUCGCUCAGCACUUGUGCGCUAUAAAGAGAUUAUGCUUGUUUCACGACUGAUUAAAGUUUAAUGGAUGUAGCACACAACUGAUAUGUAGCAGGUUACGACUGUACUUCCACACUCCUGGAAAAAAAGUUGUCAUUUUCCAGACGGGGGGAGGUGUUGUGUCCUCACAGACCUGGUUUGUUGUCAGAUUAGAUGUUCUAUGAAACCAAAGGGAAAGGACCAUUUAAUGAAAUCAAGCCACAUUCGAAUGAGGUUGUUAAGUGUUUCUGUUCCGUCGUCUUCCUUUAUUUCUAUUUUAAUCCACCACAACUCCUUUAUUUCUGAUUUUGAAUAAACUCCAGGGCUUUGACUCUAACUUCCUUCCUUUUUAUGCUGAACGUAUCACUGCGUGGUACAGAGGAAACUGGGUGGGAUGGGAAUGGGACAAAUAACACGACAUGUACUCAAACAGGAAUUAUGGUGAAUGUCUGUCUAAUAAUGAUGCAUAAUA